CAAUAAGUUAUGUUAUAGGCUCCACAUUGCCAAGAUCAUACUGUGUGUAAACUGAAAGGUUGCAGUAAAUUAAUAAUGCGUUUGCUGGGCUGUAUUAGAUAAUUUCUGAGUAUUUUCGUGAAAUUCACUUCAGUCCAUCGGAUGUGACGAAUCCUGGUUUCCUGUUUGCAUUUUGUCUCGCUCAGUCGGAGGAGGCUGAGUGGAAAAUGGCCGACGGUGUGGAUCACAUCGAUAUUUACGCGGAUGUAGAAGAGGACUUUAAUCAGGGCGACGAUUACCCAGUACACGACCAGAUAGACCUAUAUGAUGACGUAAUCUCUCCAUCUGCCAACAAUGGGGAUGCCCCAGAGGACCGGGACUACCUGGACAACCUUCCCCAGCCUGCGGGCUCUGAGGAUCGCAAGGGCCCCUCAUCCAACGUGGUCUACACGUACACGGGCAAGAGGAUUGCACUGUACAUUGGCAACCUCACAUGGUGGACGACCGAUGAGGAUUUGACAGAUGCCAUUCGCUCAGUAGGUAUUAAUGACGUGCUGGAGAUCAAAUUCUUUGAGAACCGUGCCAAUGGCCAGUCAAAAGGGUUUGCGCUGGUGUGUGUUGGCUCUGACGCCUCUUCCAGAAAGCUGAUGGACCUGCUUUCCAAGCGGGAGCUUCAUGGGCAGAACCCCAUCGUCACACCAUGUAACAAACAGUCCCUCAGCCAGUUUGAGAUGCAGUCCAGGAAAAGUUCGUCAGGCACACAGACGGGCCAGAUGUCCGGAGAGGGGAAGGCCGGGCCCCCCGGUAUCGGCCCCCGCGGCUUCCCCAUGGGACGAGGUCGAGGACGCUUCCCUGGCCCCCCGGGACCAGGGGGAGACCGUUUCCCCGGCCCAGUUGGACCCGGAGGUCCUCCACCCUUCCCAGGGCCCGGGAUGAGGCCACCAGAUCACAUUACCCAUAGGCACCCCAACAGCCAGCUGAUGGAUAUGAAUUUCAAUUGCUUCCAGCCGGGGCGCGAUGGGAGCUGGCGACCCAGAGGAGGCAUGCAGGGACCCCCUCGUCCCCCACCUGGCCCACCUGGACCCCCUGGCCCCCCGGGUCCCCCUCCUCCGGGACAAGGGUUGCCCCCACCCCUCUCCGGCCCCCCCAACCGAGGCGAUCGCCCCCCUCCCCCAGUCAUGUUCCCAGGCCAGUUUGGCCAGCCCCACAUGGGACCCCUCCCUCCCGGUCCACCCCCACCAGGCUACGGCCCCCCUCCCGGUCCCCCUCCACCCCAACAAGGCCCACCUCCCCCAGGUCCCUUCCCACCCCGCCCUCCAGGUCCGAUAGGCCCACCCAUGGCCCUGGCACCUCCUCCACACAUGCAGGGUCCACCCCCAGGGGGGCCUCCCCCUGCCCCUCACGUCAACCCUGCCUUCUUCCCCCCACCUGGGAACAACAAUAUGCCAUCGUCAGACAGAGGAGGCCCCCCUCCAAACGACCCGUACGGCAGGCCGCCUCCUUAUGACAGAGGAGACUAUGGUCCAGGUGGAAGCAACCCGAGACCCCCGCUAAUCCCAGACUUUGGGCUCAGACCCCUGAGAGAGCCCUGGAUUAACGAGGGUUUGGCCGAUCUGAAACAGGGAGGCAGGCAUUUGCCCAGUGCCAGUGACGCAGGGGAGAUGGAUUCGGCGCGGACCCCUCUGAGCGAAGCGGAGUUUGAGGAGAUCAUGAACCGUAACAGGGCCAUAUCCAGCAGUGCUAUCUCACGAGCAGUCUCUGACGCAAGUGCAGCUGACUAUGGCAGUGCGAUAGAGACACUAGUGACGGCCAUCUCUUUGAUAAAGCAGUCUAAAGUGUCUGCGGACGACCGCUGCAAAGUCCUCAUCAGCUCUCUGCAGGACUGCCUGCACGGCAUCGAGUCAAAGUCAUACGGCUCCGCCUCCAGGUACGCCUCAGACAAUCAAAUUACAGCUCACACAAUGGGAAGAGAGCGCUCACGUGAACGUGACCACAGCCGCUCGCGAGAGAAGAGUCGCCGGCACAAGUCGCGCAGCCGCGACCGCCACGAGGACUACUACCGGGAACGCAGCCGCGAGCGCGACCGCCACAGAGAGAGGGACCGCGACCGCGAGAGGGACCGCGAGCGUGAGAGGGAGUACCGUCACCGCUAGAGCCCUGGUAAAGCUGUCGGACAAGGAGGAGCCACACUUGGACAAGCACCCUACCCCCCGCCGCAUCCCUUCAGGACCUCUCUACUUCCCAGCGACCCUCACCAACCCCCUCGUCCCCUCUCUUCUACGAACUUCAUAUCAGAGGACGGGACUGAUAUUGUGUAAGGCUAUACUAGACCCUCUGUACAGGAAAAAACCCUUCAUCCUAUACUCCUGGUUUAAAAAGAGAAAACUCAUGGCUCUUUUUUUUAUUUUUGUGUUUUAUUUGAAAGACAUACAAAGACAUACCUGACAUACCCGUGUAAUUAAAAGAGAACUCUGCUUUGCAACGUAAAAGCCACUAAGGAAAAAAAACAUUUACUUGCGUUACGUGAAACGAAAAAAAACCCAACUCUUUUUGACUGCUAUAAUGUAUAAAUGGUCUGUUUAGGGAUAUUGUUUUUAUAGGGACUACUUCUGGUAAGCGUCUUUAUUUUUUUUUUCUCUUUAUGACUUCUCCCCCACCCUCCCCAAUUUAAAAACCUUCCUUCUCUGUCUGUUUCUCUUCGUUCGGAUAAUGUUUGUAAAUGUCUAUGCUUUGAUUCAUUAUUAAAUAGAUUCUGUGUUGUAAUAAACUGUUUGCUGGGGUUGCCAAUUGUUUAUACUCUGAAUUCCUUAAGCUGACGUCUCACACUUGGUUUAUAUGAAAUGUGUACCCUAUUAGAUCAGUUUCAUAUUGAACUUUUAAAUCAGAAAGGUCACUGAACUGCCCUUUGUCUUGUUUUUAUACAGAAGUAAGCUUUAAAAAUAUAUACAUAUAUAUAUACAAAAAAAAAAAAAAACACUGAUCAGAUGUUUUAUUUUCAUGUGACAACAGUGUGAUUUGACUGACACUAUUUUUUUUUUAUUUUUUACAAAAAAGAAAGGUGUAUUAACACUGAAUUGGGCAAACCAUGCUUCUGAUGUUUUACAUUUUUACUGCUGGUUGGUAAGGGACUUGGUCCUGCUGCCAGAUAUUUAAUCAGAGGGAUCAGGCUUGUGUUCCAGCAAUGCUAGCGCUGUCACUCCACGGAGUAUAACUUUGCCACGGAAAGAUGUGUACAUUGAAUUGAUAUUACUUCCAUUAAGAUAUGUGGACUUCUUGUACUCCUUGUAGACUGACAAUGUAACAUUGCUUGGCAAAAUUUACAGUAAUUGAUUGUGCCUUGAAGAACAUUAACAUUUAAUUGUCCUAUUGUGAACUACAUUACUGGUGACUUAAGUCAUGUAGAUGUAUAUAGUGAAUUUAGUGUAGCCAGUCGGGUUUUGAUUAAGUAGAAACAAUGUUUAAACGCUCAGUGCUUAAGUAGCUGCUCCCAUUCCAUAACUGUUUCAUUGUUUUUAUUUCUUUUUGGUUUUCUUUUCUUUCCAAAGAUCAAAUUAAAUGUAGAACACAUGGUACAGUCAAGUUAAAAUAAGUGCUUACUCAUGUCCAUGCUACAUCACGGUUCUGUAGUGAAAUUGUUGUUGACCAGGGAAAUUACCGUAUCAUUGGCUUUUUACCCCAAGAAAAAGUAAUAUGGCAUAUUUGUUCAGUUUUUGCAAAUGUGCUGUAAUUGUAAUUUCAUAGGUGUUAGAAUCAAAUGAAUGGUUAUGGUGUUUGUGAUUUUGCUCUGCCAAAUGACCGUAGGAAUAUUUUGAAAGAUUACAUGUGCAGGGUUUCCUUAUAUUAGAAAAAGAACCACUGUGACCUGAAAUAUACUUUGCACUUAAUACAAUUUAUGCAGUGUAGUUUUACAUUUGCUUCUGAAGCAGGGAUGGUAAUGGUAUUAAUUGGCUUGAUUUAAAACUGUUGUUGAUCACAAUCUUAAUGACUAGCUCCUUUCACUGAGAUGUAUUGACUAAAACAAAGUGUAAUUGCACUGGUAUUUUUUUUCUUUUUCUUUUUUGAAAACAUUUUUCACCACUGUAGUCCUAUUAUAUAAUACAUCUCUCAUGAAAUGUGAUGCAUUUAAAAAAAAAAAAAAAAAAAACAUUUUAAUGAGAAGUGUUGAAAAUGUUAAUAUUUAUAUUUCCAUCAUGAGGCUCACAACUAGGGCAAAAAAUACAUGCUUCUGGUAUUGAUGUGUGCAGGCUCUGUUGUACAGCAAUAUACAUCUGGGCAAAGGAGUGGCCACCUUUCUUCUCCUUAUAUGUGGUCAGACCAACAAGUAAUCUCAACCUCUGUCAUCACUUCUUAAUUCAUUAAGAAAUGAUGACUGAAUGUUGGCGACAAGGUAACUUCCACAAAAAGUUGGAACAAUACAUAAUAACAGGCAGUCACUGUAGGUUUUGGCAAGCUUUACUUUGGCUCGCAUUUUGUGUCACAAAAUGAGGGUUUUUUCAAAAUAUUACACCUUUCUAAUUCUAGGAAAUGCAGUCAGUUAACAUGCAUUUUAUUCACACGUACAAGAACCGACAUACCCCCAUUAUCAGGGAUUAUAUGAAGUCCGAAUUAAGUUUCAUAUAUGCAUUUGAAUGUGGCUGUUUUAUACUGUUUUUGCAUACAUUUUUUCCAAAUCUGUACAGAAUUGAAAGAAUAGAUAUUUUUCGUACGACGUCAUGUUUUGGGUGUUCUUAAUAAAGUAGUUUGCCACAGUG